AAGACGUUGAUCCGGAAGAUUUAAUUCUUUGUGGCAGUAAUGAUAAUGCCAAAAAUAAUGAGGAGCAAAGCCUAAAUGACAAAUCAUAUGAACAAUAUCUCAAAUCCUGUGUUGCAACGAGCUCUCUUCGUCUUAGAAUCAACGUUUAUACUGUACAGAGACCAUAUUCGGAAUGGACUUUCAACGCGGUUAGCGAUAUAUUCGAACCGCCAACUCAUUACACGGAUAUUCCUAAAUUCACCUGCGGUACCGAUAAGCUUGAAGAUGAAAAGUCCCAAAAGUUGUUGUUGCAUCUUAUCGAAGAUCUAAAGAUCCGUCGAUCAACAAUCCACGGUGUUUCAGAAGCAUAUAAUAGCAAAUUUGUGUUACCAUUUCUUGCGAUGGCAAGUUCCGUGUGUGGUGCGAAGGUUAAAAUAUAUCCAGAAGAAUAUAUCCAAGGGAAAUACGGUCGUGGACCAGUGGAUUUUUGUAUGAUAUUGGAAAAAAUAAUCAUUAGUGUUUUAGAGGUAAAAAGAGAUGAUUUUAUACAAGGUACAGCACAAAUAAUCGUACAGCUUCAUUCAUCGCUUGAAAGCUCUCGAAAGAGAAGACAUGAGGAUGAUGAUUUUGUUAUUGAUAAAGCGUAUGGAAUAGUUACCGACAGUAAAUUAUGGUAUUUUUUCGAGUGUUCUAUGAAUGGAGAUAAACCAGAAUAUAGAAUCCAUUCAGAAGAAGGGACUUCGAUUAAUUGGGGUAGCAAUUUUGAGGAAGGGGUUACCGAGGUCUUAGGACAGAUUGUUUGGCUAUUUAAAGAUGCAGAAAAAUUAAUAGAAUCAGCAAAACAAAAGAAGGUUAAAUUAGUAAAAUAA